GAGCGGAAUGGAAACCGGAAGCGGAAGCGCCGCGCGCAAGUAAACCGCUUUUCCCUUCAGUCAGGCGGAUUCUCCCGUGCUUCCCGCUGCCCGCGUGCCCGGCCUCGCUCCGCGGCGCCGAGCCCCGGCCGCGCCGACUGCCGCCGCCCCGCCCCGCCGCCGGCAGCGAGAGAGAGAGGGAGGGAGAGCGAGCGGCCGCCAGCCGGGGGAGGGGCUCCUGCCCUCCGCGCCGCCGCCCUCGCUCCGUGGAGGUGCCGCCGGCCCCUCGCCGCCUCGCCCGCCCGCGUCCCUGCUCGGCGGCCGCGAUGUCUGACAAGGAGUUCAUGUGGGCCCUCAAAAACGGAGACUUGGAUGAGGUGAAGGACUACGUGGCCAAGGGUGAAGAUGUCAACCGGACACUUGAAGGUGGGAGGAAGCCUCUUCACUAUGCAGCAGACUGUGGACAGCUUGAGAUUCUGGAAUUUCUGCUAUUGAAAGGAGCUGAUAUUAAUGCUCCAGACAAACAUAAUAUCACACCACUCCUAUCAGCAGUGUAUGAGGGCCAUGUUUCCUGUGUGAAAUUGCUUCUGUCAAAGGGUGCUGAUAAGACUGUGAAAGGCCCAGAUGGACUAACUGCCUUUGAAGCCACUGACAACCAGGCAAUCAAAACUCUUCUUCAGUGACGGAUGGACUGAUAUCUUAUAUGUCUCUCCUGUGGCCUCACACUGCUGCCUGUCUGUCACUCUUUGCAUCUUCCAGCUUCUUCAGCUAAAUACUUCGGGGGGAGGGAAAUUCUUUAUGAAUCAGACUAGUUAGGGGCUUGUGUCAAAGAUAAUCUGGAGAGGGUUGAAAACUAUUAUGAACAGUCUCCCUCUAGGACUUCUUUUCAGUGCACAAUCUCUUCCCAUUUCUAGUGAAAAUGGAAGAAGGAAGACAGACCAUGAUCUUGAAUUUUUGGCUUGUAAACCUCCUAGGUUAGUACUAAGAUUUUUGUUGAAAGAUUCCUUUAGAUGGAAGUACUGUGCUAUGUACCUGAAACUAAUUGUGAAGGAGACAAUAGUCCAAUGCUAUUAGUAUCUGCCAUAAUCUGAAGUGUAGUAAUGUAGGUGGCUGAGUUGCUUUUCUCUCUUUUCUCUCAGUGGGUAGCUUUAUUCUUCUUCUGCCUAAAGCUUACGUUGCAGUUUUGAGGACUUUUGAUACUAGUUAUUGGAACUGUUCUUUAUAUUGACUAAUUGGAUAUCACACUAAUGUUUUUCUGACUCUUGAGUAAACCAGGAAAGAUCAGUUGAGGCAUGGUGACAUUACACUCCAGAAUAUCUGCCAAGGUACUUUUGGAUGCUUGAAUUUGAGGUUUUUCUUUCCCAUGUUUGUUCUAGUCCAGGACAGACAUUUUAAGCAACUGGUUUUGAGAGAGUUCAAAAUGUCACUGUAGUUAUUUCCAAAAGGAUUGUAAGGUGGAAUUUCUUUACUCACCAUGUCAGCAUAAAAUUUAUAGACACACGCAAAAGCUACAGGCUGUUUGGUACGCAAGGAUAAUCAAGUCAAAUGUGGAAAACAAACAGUAAUUAUUUAGACAUUCAUAUCGGGUGAAUAUUGUUGCUAAACUCUUCUGGUAAACUUUUAAAAUACAUGUAAGCUUUCUAAGUUCAGGUGUUAGGACCAGGAAGAUGUACAAGUAGAAGUCUUAACUUGCUCUAACUACUGGAGGGGAAAAAAAAAAAAAAAGCUUUUAAUUGUGCAUAUCUUUGAAUCGGUGUUUCAUUGUUGGCUGAAUGAACCUCUUAAAUUUUGUCAAGGCAUGGGACUUAUUCUGAAAGUUCCCAGUGCAACCAUACCACAUUAACCAUUGACUUUUAGAUAAGACUUACUAUACCAGUAAGUGUGGCAGUACUAUGACAGCCUUGAUAAUUUGUGGGAAGGAAUUUAAUGAUGAUGUAGAGAUUCCCGUCACAUCUUAUGGUCCUCAGGAAUGUCUGAGCUUUUGGCUUUCAUCUUGAAAACUUUCAUUAGACUGCUGGUUCACCCAAAACUGAACAGGUUUUAUAACAGAAAAGUGUAUACUGCAGACUAUACAUCUUCCUCUUUUUUGGAAUACAGAUUUCAAACUUUCUGAUAACAUACACAAUACAGAAAACAAAUGUAUAUAAUGUCUCAUGCUGAAUUCUUCAACGAAAGUAGCUGAUAUUAUUUUGGUAUCACUGUUGAAAUUGAGAGGAUAUGUAGAAGUAGGCUGGUGACUACCACUCAUAUUUAACGGAGACUUAGUUUUACUUGAAUCAUGUUGUAUGUUAUGAUUGAAUGUCUCAGCUAUAAAAGGCCUUGCAUUUAGACUGUAAAAUGAGGGCAGAAACAGAUUUACGUGUACACAUCCCAUAAGAAAAGCGAUAGAGAAAACAAUCAACUCUGGCCAUAAACUGUACAGUGCAAUUACUCUUUGCUUCUUGGAGAUGGGUGGCAAGGAAGAGCAGAAGGGUUGGAAAUCAGUGAUAAAUCUAUUGGUGAGCUGCUGAUGAAAGAACAAGGGUGUUUGAUGAACAGUGCUUUUAAUGACUAUUUAAAGAGAACUCUUUAAUCUUAUCUCUGAUCAGUGCUGGAUUGUCAUGUCAUUGUAAUAGUGUGAACACAGACUAUAGGUUUAACUCUUUAUUCAGCUAUGAAAGUAACCAUCUUUGGCAUAAAUCUGCCUCCAUAUUAUGCUAUUAAAUACUUAGCUAUUAAAAUACUAGUCUAGAAAACUGCAAUCUGUUUUUAUGUGGAAAACUUGAUUAUUCAAGUAUUUUGUGUUGAUUAGUGUCAAGUUGGCCAUAGUUGUGUUUUGGGUUUUUUUUUCCUCUGUAUUCUUUCCCGCCCUGCCCCUCAACUCUCAUUUAAGUGAGCAUUAUUGUAGUAAAGAAACAUCAUCUUUGUACUAACUCUUCUGGUGAUUCACCGAGGCAAUUUUGCCUCCCUUUUUCUACAAUUAUGUGGACACCUUAUUUUUUCUUACUUCACUUGAGGUGGGGGGGUGGGGGAGGGAUGUAAACAAACUUCAGUGAGACAAGUGUCAAUUUGGCUGUAAUAUAUACCCAAGAUGCCUUUCGAGAUAGUUAAAAGAUGGCAUUAUGGCAUUUAAUGUUUGGCUCAUAAAGAAGAAAUACUUUUUUGCUUUUUGUACUACAUAAGAGGUGACUGAUCAUUUUGCCCAGGAUUUAAAAAAAAAAAAAAAGUCAUAAUAAAAGCUUAAGCUUUUGUAAUUGUCUAGAAACUGGGCUAGUGCAUUUGUACCCUUCUUGUUAGCUAUAUUGUGGAAAAAAAUAAUGGGUGGCUGCCUCUAUCUUUGAGUAUGUCCUAACUAGGUGAAAAUACCAAACUGUAACUUAUUUUACAUUCUGUAAACAGAAUUUACAUACUUUGUCAGACUGGAAUCACAUAUACUUGGAAAUCCACUCUUCUUAAACCUUUUCCUUUUGAAAUUUGUGUUGAAUAAGUUAUAACCUUAAGUAUAUUUUGGAUUUUGUACCUUCUGCUUCUUUUUCUUGAGGGGGAGCAAAUGGGAAAAGGAGAACGGUAGUUAAAUGGAGCUUCAUCCUUGAACACAACAUUGAAUUAUUUGUAGAAGAGGCUGGUAAGAAUGGAGUGUCCUAGGUCAAGCAAUUGCAGUGUUGCAUGCAAAAUUUCAAAAUGAACUUGUCUUAAUUAUAUUUUGUAAAUGGAUAAACAAUCAUCUUUCUACGCAGUGAUGGAAGAAAAUUAGUGCUCUGUGCAUUUUGAUAUUUGACUUCCUCUUUUCACCAUUGUUAACUGUUUUGACACAGUUGGGUUCAUCAUUAUCAUGGUUCAUAGACAUCAGAAUGCUAAAUGAUACUGUAUUUUUAAGUUUGUGUUGCAAGAAUGAAUGGAAUAAACUUGAAUUGUGCGA